UUACAAUCCAAAACUCUUUGUUUUGAUUAUUUUGCUUCAGUUCGUGCACUCUCGUCAUUUCACGCGGGUUUGAGGAGGUGUCAUUGCUGGAAAUGUCACCGUUUGGGAUGGACCGAGAGGAGUCUGACAGGCUGAUAGAGAAAGCCAAGCUGUGUUUGCGCUCAGGUCGCAAAGAGAAAGCCUUGCAGCUGCUGUACGAGGCGCAGAAGAUCUACCCGAGCACCCGGGCCAGAGUACUGAUUGAUGCAAUUGUGAAGAAUGGCGGCACUCCCCCUGAAGAGGAGCGUACCUACACACCUCCACCAUCCUGGAGAAGCUCUGAAGACGAUGGCCCGGCUCCACAUCGGCGACCCAGUAGUCAAGAGAGAGCAGAGGGGUCCAGCGACGACAAGAAGAGCUACACGGAGGAGCAGCGGCAAGGAGUGCUCAGGAUAAAGAGAUGCAGAGACUUCUAUGAGAUUCUGGGGGUGCCAAAGGAUGCUAGUGAUGACGACCUGAAGAAAGCCUAUAGGAAGCUGGCGCUACGCUUCCACCCGGAUAAGAACUGCGCCCCUGGAGCGACUGAUGCUUUUAAAGCUAUAGGCAAUGCAUAUGCAGUGCUCAGUAACCCAGAGAAAAGGCAGCAAUAUGAUCAGUGUGGGGACCAGGGCCCUGGAGAGACAUCCAGUCAUACUUCAGCCCAGCCUACUCAUACGUAUGGACACCACCGCACCUUCAGCAGAGACUUUGAGGCUGACAUCUCUCCAGAGGAGCUCUUUAACAUCUUCUUCGGGGGCAGGUUUCCUACAGGCAACAUCCACGUAUACACCAACCGAGGAGCUUCUUACGCUCAUUAUUACCAGCCCCGCAGACGGCGUACAUAUGAGAGACGGGAAGAAGAGGUGGAGGAGAGCCACAGUCAGAACAACUUCACAGCUCUGCUGCAGCUGCUGCCGGUGCUAGUGCUCAUUCUGAUAUCUGUAUUCACUCAGCUGAUGGCCACCAACCCCCCCUACAGCCUCUUCUACAAACCGUCCAUGGGGUUGGUGGUGUCCAGAGAAACCCAGCACAUGGGUGUGCCAUACUAUGUGGAUAAGAGUUUUGAGAAAGAAUACCGUGGUGCUGCUCUGGACGAGCUGGAGAAGACUAUUGAGAACGACUAUAUUGACCACCUACAGACCAGCUGCUGGAAAGAGAAGCAGCAGAGAUCUGAACUAGCUAAUCUGGGCCAGCUGUACCGAGACGAGCGGCUGAAGCAGAAGGCAGAGACCAUGAAGCUGGAUGCCCUCCCAGACAUCAACCUCUUCAUAAUCAAACAGAUAUUAGAAUUAGUCAUAAACGCCCUCCAAGACAGCAUGGACAAACUCGAAGCUUUUUCGGGUUUGGAACGACAUGGGGAUAAGUGA